AUGCUGGUUUGGGCUCCCUUAACUCUGCUAGUGGCGGUGGCUGCAGCACUCCAAAAUCCUCAUCGCAAGGCUACUUCUUUGAAACAUGCCACCAAGGCUCUUCGAAAAAGAGAGGUUGCUUCCGGUCACACUGAACCACAAUACCUGACUGAAAAGACUCGAAAAUUCCAAGUGAAUGGAACUCACUUCCCUCAAGUUCCCUUUGACAUUGGUGAAUCCUACUCGGGUCUUUUGCCUAAUACUCCCCAUGGAAAUUCAAGCUUGUUCUUCUGGUUUUUCCCAUCUACCAACCCAGCUGCAGACAAAGAGAUCACCAUCUGGCUCAAUGGAGGGCCGGGGUGCAGCUCCCUCGACGGUCUUUUGCAAGAAAAUGGCCCUUUCCUAUGGCAAUCAGGAGUUUACGAGCCAGUGCGAAACCCUUACUCAUGGACUAAGUUGACAAAUGUUGUCUACAUCGAUCAGCCCGCUGGGACCGGCUUCUCUCCUGGACCAUCGACAGUCCAAAAUGAGAUUGAUGUGUCCAACCAAUUCAACGAUUUCUGGAAGCGAUUCAUUGAAACUUUCAGCAUGCAAGGAUACAAGGUCUACAUCACGGGAGAGAGUUAUGCUGGUCAAUAUAUCCCAUAUCUGGCCGCUGGAAUGCUGGACCAAAAUGACACCACGCAUUUCAAUCUCAAGGGUAUCCAAAUUAACGAUCCGUCGAUGAAUGAAGACAGUGUCAUGAUUUAUGCCCCGGCAGUAGCUGCCUUGAACUACUAUUCUGCUAUAUUCGGUCUGAAUGACACAUUCAUGACCGAAAUUAAUGAGCGCGCCGACAAAUGUGGCUAUACCAAAUUCCUCAACUCAGCAUUGACCUACCCACCACCCAAGCAUUUCCCCGCUGCCCCAAACCCCGAAAAGUCAGGAUGUGACGUAUGGGACCAAGUCGUCAAAGCAGCAACCUACAUCAACCCCUGCUUCAACAUUUAUCACUUAACAGACUUCUGCCCUUUCCUGUGGGAUGAAAUGGGGUUCCCGUCUCUCGCCGGCGGACCAAACAACUACUUCAAUCAGUCCGCCGUGCAGAAGGCUCUUCACGUUCCGCCGACCAACUACGCCGUCUGUGCAAAUGGUAUCUUCCCUGGCGGCGAUGGAUCAGUGCCCAGUGCACUUGGCCCUCUGCCUGGCGUUAUCGAGCGUACUAACAAUGUCCUUAUUGGCCAUGGAUGGUACGAUUAUCUGCUCUUUUUGAAUGGCACCCUCGCCACCAUUCAAAACAUGACUUGGAAUGGUGCUCAGGGCUUCCAAAAGCCUCCCGUGGAGCCAUUGUUUGUUCCGUACACAGAUGCGCUGGACCAAAUCGCUAACGGCGCGACGACCAUACCUUGGAAUGCCGAUGCUGGUGCUGGAAUCCUUGGGACUGCUCAUACUGAGCGUGGUUUGACCUUCAGCUCGGUUUUCGGCUCUGGUCAUGAAAUUCCUCAGUAUGUUCCUGGUGCAGCCUAUAGACAGUUGGAGUUCUUGCUUGGGAGAAUUAAAAGCCUUCAGCAGAAAGGGAAGUUUACGGCUUUGUAG